AUGUUCGAAUUCUUCGAACAGUCGGUUCUCGUCGACUUCGAGCAAGGGGAACUCCAAUCACCUUGUCCCAGGAAAGAGCUAGAUGGGAGAUGUAUUUACAUGUCACGGGAACUCAAAAUGCCUAAGGAUGUGGGAGCUCCUGUGCUUUGCGAUUUUGGAUCCGCCGUCGAUGGCGGGGUAGAUCACUUGGAGGAUGUGCAACCAAACAUAUAUCGUGCGCCAGAGGUCAUCUUGGAGGUGCCCUGGACGUAUAGCGUUGACAUUUGGAACGUGGGCUGCAUGAUAUGGGACAUUUUUGAAGGCGGCUCCCUUUUCACCGGCCAAGAUCCAGAACUGAAUGUGUACAGAAGUAGGGCUCACCUCGCCGAAAUGAUCAGCCUUCUUGGCCCUCCACCACCUGAUUUCAUUGCGCGAGGUCAGCUCAGCCACAAGUUCUUUACUGAAGGCAGGUUUUCUGCCCUAGAAACAAAGUUGAACCCAGUCACGCUCGAGCAAAGAGAGACAACACUCAGCGGUGAGGACAAGGUGGACUUUCUGCGCUUUAUGAGAAGAAUGCUGCAGUGGGAGCCUGAGAAGCGAAGCUCUGCUAAGAGUCUAGCUCAAGAUGACUGGAUUGUCCGGCAGCUAAGGCCUCGGCAACACGGGGGAGUUGAAUAA